AUGCAUCAAAGGACAACCGAGAAGUCUCUCUGCGUAUUGCGAUUCUUGCCUGUCAAAUCGGGCCAAUACUCAGCGGCUGUGCAAUGAGCUAACUCUUCGCAUAGUUUCCCCGGUUCGGUCUCAUGCCACGAACGGCGCCGUGGUAGGAACCCCGAGUGGAGAGACUGACAGCAAGCAGGUGUGCUUGACACUUGCUAGGAGAAGGGGGCUGAGAGUCGUUGGCGAUAUCCAGGCACCAAAGAGCGACUAAUUGCCGACCCGUUACUUCACGCUGCCACUUCCGGAGACUACGAGGCAUAUGAAAUAUAUCUCAACCGAAGGUGCCCACGGUACUUCGUGUUGCAUCUUGGCUGAUUGGAUUCGUCAAGGAUUGCGGCACGUAUUCGCUGUGUCUCGAAAAUACCUUUCAAGCCAAGCAAGCACCAACUUUUUCCUAACCCUAACGCUUCCGAACAAUACUGCCAGAACUUUCGGCCAAACAAGCUCCUCAUGCUUCGUCCAAACCUUCCGUAGCACCACAGAAUUCUGUGUACUUACUACACUUUUGAUAGUUCCAAUUGAGUUUCUCAUUCCGCAAUCGGCCUCCUCUACGGCGUUUCUCGGUUUGUCUGUUCAACAUCCGAAAGGGAGGGGGUCUAUCAUCAGGUGUGUACAAAGUAUAUGCAUAUUACAGAAGAGAGAGGGGGUCGGUGCCAAGAAAAUUCUUCAGGAAAAUAAAUUCAGUCGGGACGCAAAGGGACACAAUGGGACGUCUGGAGGAGAAUUAACCUAGGUUAAGUCCUUAUCCAACUAUACUCGGCCGGAAACCCG